AUGGGAACAACUGCUAGUAGUGAUGAGCUAUCUACAAAAGGGUAUGCAAAUGGUAUUGAUGUCAUAUUGAGUCGACGUGCUAAUAAAGGACAGGCAUUUUCCAUGGAAGAACGUGAUGCAUAUCGUGUUCGAGGUUUGCUACCGGCAACUUUCUCAUCGCCUCAUCUCCAAGUUGAACGAUUUAUGGAAAAUUUACGAAGAAUGCCUGAUGACUUAUCAAGAUAUAUGGCACUAGCUUCAUUACAAGAUAUAAAUGAAAAAUUAUUUUAUCGUAUAGCACUUGAACAUACGCAAGAAAUCAUGCCACUUGUUUAUACACCAACGGUUGGUUUAGCUUGUCAAAAAUAUAGUUUAAUCUUUGCAAAACCAAAAGGUUUAUUUAUAUCAAUCUUUGACAAAGGCCGUAUUUACGAUGUUCUCUGCAAUUGGCCAGUUAACGACAUUCGAGCUAUUGUCGUGACUGAUGGUGAACGUAUCUUAGGUUUAGGUGAUCUGGGUUGUAAUGGCAUGGGUAUAUCUGUCGGUAAAUUAAGUUUAUACACCGCAUUAGCUGGCGUGCGACCUGAAUAUUGUUUACCAAUCACACUUGAUGUUGGUACCAAUAGUGAAUUCUAUCUUAAUGAUAGAUACUAUUUGGGUGUAAGACAGAAACGUGCUCAAGGAAAAGAAUACGACGAGUUUGUUGAUGAAUUUAUGCAAGCAGUUGUGAAACGAUUUGGAAAACAAUGUUUGAUUCAAUUUGAAGAUUUUGCUAAUCAUAAUGCUUUUCGUCUACUUGCAAAAUAUCGUGAUACAUAUUGUACAUUUAAUGAUGAUAUUCAAGGUACAGCUAGCGUUGCUGUUGCUGGAAUUCUUGGUGCGAUUAAAAUAACUGGGAAAAAAUUAGCUGACAAUAGAUUUUUAUUUUAUGGAGCUGGUGAAGCCUCAAUAGGUAUUGCGGAGUUGCUAUGUCUCGCGUUGACACGUGAAGGAUUAUCGCAAGAAGAAGCACGAAAAAAGAUUUUCUUAGUCGAUUCAAAAGGACUUAUUGUUAAGAAUCGUCCUGGAGGCAAAUUAAAUGAAGAAAAAAAAAAAUUUGCACACGAACAUGAACCCAUUACGAAAUUAAUCGAUGUUGUACACACAGUGAGGCCAUCAUUCCUUAUUGGUGCCGCUGGUCAAGGAGCAGCAUUUACUACCGAUGUUCUUGAAGCAAUGGGUUCGAUAAAUAAACGUCCUGUUAUAUUUGCUUUAUCAAAUCCAACUUCAAAAGCUGAAUGUACAGCACGCGAAGCUUACGAAGCAACAGAUGGUCAAUGCGUAUUUGCGUCGGGUUCACCUUUUCCUCGUUUUGAAUAUAAUGGGAAAAUAUUUAUACCCGGUCAAGGAAAUAAUUCUUAUAUAUUUCCUGGCGUCGGUCUUGCUAUUGUUACAUUUGGUAUUCGACAUAUACCAGAUGAGUUAUUUUAUUUGGCUGCUAAAACACUAUCAGAGCAAGUCACAGAAGCUGAUUUAUCGAUUGGUCUUGUUUAUCCACCUAUUGAAAAAAUUCGACAAGUUUCAAGAAAAAUAGCCGUAAAAAUAUCCGAGUAUGCUUAUGACAAGAAUUUAGCAACAGUUUGGCCGAAACCAGAUAAUCUAGAUAAAUUUCUUUUCGAGAAGCAGUAUUCAGUUGAAUAUGACGACGACUUACCACCUCGUUGGGAAAAACCAAAUUAUUCAACUUGA